GGAUUAGGGCCAAUGAAGAAAGAAAAAAUAAGGUUGGCAAGAUUCUGACUUUAUUCUCAGAAUUCUGACUUUAAAGUGAGAAUUCUGACUUUAAAGUGAGAAUUCUGACUUUAAUCUCAGAAUUCUGACUUUAUUCUCAGAAUUCUGACUUUAAUCUCAGAAUUCUGACUUUAAAGUGAGAAUUCUGACUUUAAUCUCAGAAUUCUGACUUUAUUCUCAGAAUUCUGACUUUAAUCUCAGAAUUCUGACUUUAAAGUGAGAAUUCUGACUUUAAUCUCAGAAUUCUGACUUUAAAGUGAGAAUUCUGACUUUAAUCUCAGAAUUCUGACUUUAAUCUCAGAAUUCUCACUUUAAAGUGAGAAUUCUGACUUUGUGACGUUCGUGGAGCUAUGAAUUGUGGGGGGACCGUCAGCGUGUAGCGUGACUUGAAAGAACGGACAUCAUGUCGUCACCCAGCGACUUUUUGCGUGGCCGAGGAGUGUCGGAGGACAUCCUUUCACUUUUGGAGGAGCAGAGGAUAAAGUGACUGAUGGAGGGUGCAACUCAAACAGUGGCUGGAAAUCCAGAUUUGGAUGACUUGAUCAAGCUAUGUUUUAGACUUGGAUUCAGUAAUAAGGAAAUACUUGCGAUUUUAGCACAUAAUGCUGAAACUAUUUUAAGUAUUCGGACUCUGAAAAGGAUAUGCAAAAGACUUGGUCUUUUUCGAAGAAAGAACCAGUCAGACCUGGGAGACGUGUUGGCUUUUGUCCAGCACGAGAUCAUGACUAGUGGACAGAUGCAAGGUUAUCGGUGGCUUCAUCUGCGUGCCAUUCAAAAAGGAUUUGUUGUGUCACAAGAUACAAUAAGACAAAUUAUACAAUUUGUUGACCCUGUAGGUGUGGGAAUAAGAAGAGCACGUCGCCUAAGAAGGCGCCAAUACAACUGUCGGGGGCCAAAUGCUCUUUGGCACCUGGAUGGCUAUGACAAAUUAAAGCCCUACGGGAUUGGCAUCAAUGGCUGUAUUGAUGGCUUUAGCCGGUAUGUGUUAUGGGCGGAAGCCUAUACCACAAACAGUGACCCUAAGGUGGUUGCAAGUUAUUUUAUAAAAACUGUUUCACGCAUUGGUGGGUGUCCAGAGAGGAUCCGUGCAGACAGGGGCACAGAAAAUGUUUGUGUCGAACAGAUGCAGAUGUUUUUGCGUAGAAACCACUCAGACAAUUUUGCUGCGGAGAAAAGUUUCCUUUACGGAAGAAGUACAGCCAAUCAGCGUAUUGAAGGGUGGUGGUCCACCCUUCGCAAACAGAGUGCACAGUUUUGGAUUAAUUUAUUUCAAACACUUCAAGAUGAUGGCCACUUUUCAGGAGAUUUUCUGGAUAAAAGUCUUAUCCGGUUCUGCUUUCUCAACCUUGUGCAGGAUGAGCUGGAUGAAGUUGUGAACACGUGGAACACACACAAAAUAAGACCAAGCUUGCACCAUGAUACAGCUUCAGGUCGACCAGUCGUCAUGUAUUCAUUCCCUGCGAUGCACAGUGCCGAGGAUCAAUUAAAACCUGUUGGAACGGAAGAGGUCACUGCAUGUAUGGAAGAGUGCACUACAAAAGGCAAUUUUCCUUGUGAUGCAACUGUAUUUGAACUGUGUUGUUUGCUUAUGGAGGAAAAUGAAUGGCACGCGCCAUCAGAUCCAUUGGAUGCAAGUGACUUGUAUGUUAAGUUGAGAGAGGAAUUACUGAAGUCUAUUUGACAUACAGUAUGUACUGAUGCAAUUUUGGGAAAAUGAAGCUUCAAAUUUGCUCCAUAAA